CGAGGAUGAGACGGGCCCAGAAGAUGCCCUUUGCGGAAUGGCCUCUGGGGCUCGCUGGGCCUGGGUGGCUUGCUCCAUGCGGGGGCGCACGAGGUGAGUGAGAGGGUGGCGCCCCCGCCGUCGCCGCUGGGCCCCGUUGCGCUGCAGAAAUCCGUGUCGCCCUCGCCAGUCGAGUCGAGUCGAGGGAAGCAACAAGUCGAGCAAGCAAGCAGAGAGAGCUGGCCCCCGCCGUCGCGCUCCGAUCCACGCAGACCUCCACGGCCGCAUGCGCUAAAGAGCUAGUAGACCGAGCGAGUUCCAGCCAGAGGAGGCAUACUAAGUUACAGUAGUAGUUAGCAGCAGCAGCCACGGACAGCCUCUGCCACUGCGACAAAGGACCCUGCCUCCCCGGCCGUUUAUCGUCGUCCUUCAUCGGAACGUCGUAGCCUCGCCGUCCCGCCCGUCUCGUCUCCCUCAAACGCCCCCGGCACAGCACACGUCAGGUCCUUGAUCCUCCCUCUCACGCUCCGUCGAAACUCGUCCCUGCUCGCCCACUCCAUCAUCUCAUCUUCGCCUCUGCCACCGCAAACACCGCAAAACGAACGCCACCACCGCGGUUGUCCGCCCCAGCUGAACCGCGCCGCCUGCCUGCCUGCACGCCUGCACACCUUCCUCCCCCCCAGCAGCCUACCCAGCCGAUGCGCAGCCUGCAGAGCGCACCCUGAAAGGCAGCGUUCGGCCGCUCGGAUAAUGGACCGUAGCACCCGGUAUCCAACCUAGCAAGCCAUCGCAUCGUUCCCGAACAGCAACACUGCCUAGGCAAAAGAAAACGGACUCGGCCGAAUCAUCAAUUCGCGCCCGCCGCGAUCCUACCGACAUCCGCGUGAGACAGACUGCCUUUCGUGGGGCCUUGCAAUAUGCCCUCGCAUGGUCCGCCGUCUCCCAAUCCCCAACAACCCGGUACCAAGCGCCAGCGACAGGAGUCCCACGACGGCAGCUCGCCUCAAAACGGGGAGCCCAGCCCGACGGAGCAGCAGGUCGAUGGCCUCGCCGGGCUCGGCGCCGCUGGAGUCAGCAGCAAGGCCGGCCAGAGCAGCAACUUCCGCAACGUGAGCGCCUGCAACCGUUGCCGCCUCCGUAAGAACAGAUGCGACCAGAAGCUGCCCAGCUGCGCGAGCUGCGCCAAGGCCGGCGUCGCCUGCGUCGGAUACGACCCCAUCACGAAAAAGGAGAUUCCUAGAAGCUACGUCUUCUACCUCGAAACGCGCGUUGAGCAACUGGAGAAGCUGCUCAGCGCCAACAACAUCUCCUUCCCGCCCGCCGAGAACCUGGAGCUAUGUUCUCGUCCCGGUGUCGAUGCCUCGAGCACGCUGUCCGGCGGGUACAGCGCCUAUUCCGGUCGCUCUGAGGCAGGGGAGCGCCCCAAGUCGCACAGCCAAGUUCUCGAGACGCUCAAGGCGAAGAAGGCCGGCCAGAGUCCCGCCAUGCUGAACAUUGUCAGCCCUUCCAAACCGAGGUCCCUCGCCUCUGCGUCGGGUGUUUCCUUCGCGCGGGUCGUCUUCGCCGCGGUGCAGUAUUCAGUCUCGGAUAACAGCACUGCGGGCGACCGUCCUGGAGGCCGAAAUCUCGCCGGUAACGCGACGUCGAUGCGCGACUCCUUCUUCGGCCUGCACGCGAAACCGACUAUCAAACCCGCGCCAUUCCCUGCCAAAGAGGUCGGCCUGAGACUGAUCCACCUGUACUUCGAGCACGCCAACCCCCAGAUCCCGAUUCUUCACCGCGGCGAGUUCAUGAAGGUGUUCAAUCACGCCUACGAGACGGGCGGUCAGGAUCUGGCACCGAGGGAGCUGUAUCUGCUCAACAUGGUGUUCGCCAUCGGCUGCGGAGUCAUUGUCGGCGAGCCGGUCAAGACAGAAGCCUCGGACGGGGACAGGAUGGCCCUGGACGACGCAAAGGGCCAGAGCCAGCCGGAGGAGUAUCACGCGAGCGCCAUCGUUCACCUCGAGUCGUGCUUGAGCUUCAGCGCCGGCGGACUCGAAGUGCUACAGGCAGUACUCCUGCUCGCCAACUUCGCGCUGCUCCGCCCUGUGCCCCCCGGCCUUUGGUACAUCACCGGCGUUGCUGUCCGCUUGGCAGUGGACUUGGGGCUACACCACGAAGACGGCACCGACGUUGAGGGAAUGCCGCCGGACCCGUCUUCCGAAAUGGACACGACUGAUGGCGACCCGAGCGCACGCGGCAACGGCUCGCAGGAGCGCGGGAGGCGGCUAUGGGUCCGCGACAUGCGGAGGCGCCUGUGGUGGUGCACGUACUCGUUUGAUCGGCUGGUGAGCACAUGCGUCGGUCGACCGUUCGGCAUCAGCGACCAAGUCAUCACCACCGAACUGCCAUCGCUCCUUGACGACGAGUACAUCACGCCAAGCGGCUUCCUAGAUCCCCCUGUGGACGAUGAUCGGCCUAGCUACAAGCACGUUGCUCACCACUACUUCCGCCUUCGCAUGUUGCAGUCUGAGAUAUUACAGGUGCUGCAAUACAACCAGGCGCAGCUGGCGCGUGUGGGCGGCCACCAGGGCAAACAGUACCCCGAGAUGCAUACGCACUUACCCUCCCCUUUCUUGGUUCAGUUCGACUCAUUCCGGUCCUGGCGCAUCGACAUAGACAGGCGGCUAUAUCAGUGGAAAGCAAACGCCCCGACCAGGAGCGAAACGGGCGUGGCGUUUUCGACCGAGUUCCUGGAGCUCAACUACUGGCAGGCCAUCAUCAUGCUCUACAGGCAGAGCUUGAGCGUCCCGGCCAUGUUUGAAGGCGAAUACAACACCUCCAACGAGGUCAACAGCCCGACAGCGUUUACGGCCGAGUUGCGCGAGGACGAAGAUCGCAUCUACCUCAAGGUUGCCGAGGCGGGUCAGAAGAUCCUCCGCAUCUACCGGCAGCUACAUCUUAGUGGGCUCGUGAGCUACACGUACCUGUCCACACACCACCUCUUCAUGGCGGGAAUCUCGUAUUUGUAUGCCAUUUGGCACUCGCCUGUUGUGCGAAGCCGAUUGUCUAUGGACGAGGUCGACUUCACCGUUCUCGCAGCCAAGUCAGUCUUCACCGAUAUGAUUGACAAGUGCCCGCCGGCCGAAACAUGCCGUGACGCCUUUGACCGCACCGCCAAGGCGACGAUCAAGAUGGCCAGCUCGAGAGGAGGUUUCGGUCCCACGUCGCAACAACCGCCGCGGCAGAGACGCGAGACGGUGAAUUGGGCCUCGGCGCCGGAUGCCGCAACCCUCAAGCCUCCGUCCCGAAGACCAAAUCAGCAGGAGCAAGCGCCAUUCCAGUUUGACCUUUCCAUAGCCGACAACAUGUCGUCGCCCAGCCUCUCGGCAACAGGCGAGAUGCACACACCGCCACUGGGUAAGUCUAAGACGUUCGAUGCCGACACCUUCAUAACCGGGUCUCGCUCCCACAGUGGCCCGAGUCCUGGCGAAAGGACCAUCAGCCACGAUGGAGGCUCCUCCGUCGGCCCGACUCUUGUUCCUUCGCCGCCCAUGUCACGGAGAAGUGGGAAUCAACACGCGGGCGCGGGCGGCACCUUCAUGGGACAGCAGUUCGGCAUGCAGGGCUCGAUGGACUACCCCGACGCGCAGACCAUGGAGUUCCUUCAGAACCUGGGCGCGACACCCAACGGCGACAUGAACAACAUGGAGCAGGCGCAGCUGGAUCUCGGGUUCGGCAUCAACUGGGAAGGGAUGCACAACGACUACGGCGAAGGGCAGCAGAUCAACCCCUUUGAUACCUUCUUCUUUGGCGGACAACAGACGGGGGGCGGCGGAGGCGGGGCCAGUGGAAACGGGGGAGGCGCCGAUGGAGGCGGUGGCAAUAAUGGCAAUGGGGCUGCGUAGAGGCGAAAAAGAUGAGCCGCGUUGUGAGCGUUUUGACAUCGCCAGGAGAUGCAGCCCACGUCUUGGGAUGCAUUGUCUGGUUACGCGUCCUUGUCGACACUUCAGCUGUGAGGGAAUACCCUGGGGCGAUGACGGAUGCAACGGAGCACGGUGAAGCGGAGUGGCUGCUUUGUUUCUUUAUACGGGGUGGGGGGGCUUCUUGGUCCUUUCAGCCGGAUACAGGUUCUCUCUGGGACGAGAGAUGCAAGGUGAAAACAAAAAUACGACGUGGUGUGGUCAUGCCCAUGGCUGGAGUAGAGGCAAUCAGGGGCCGGGAGAGAGAGAGAAAUGUGAAAUGAAGGGAGGCCUGGGGCUGAAGCACCAGACCAGUGUACAUAUAUAUAUCGCUGUAUAUUUUACGAGGACCCUGCAGG